AUGAUGUUCGGUUGGAUGGGAGGGGCCCUGCUGUGUGCUGUCUCCGGUCUGGUCCUCCUCAUUGUCGCCACAGCAACGGACUUUUGGAUGCAGUACCGCUACUCCGGCAGCCUCAGCAAUCAAGGGCUGUGGCGCUUCUGCGUGGGAAACAAAUGCCACCCGCACACCAUCACCCUUGCUUUCUGGGAUGCCACGCGAGCCUUCAUGCUCAUCUCCAUCCUGUCCUCUUUUGCUGGGAUCAUCCUGGGACUCAUGACCUACACUGGCAGCGCCCGUUUUUCACGCAGCCGCUCUGCAGGGGUCAUCCUCUUGAUUGCAGGACUCUUUGCCUUGCUUGCCCUGUCAGUCUACACAGGUGUGACCGUGAAUUUCUACGGCAAGCGCUACACUGACUGGCGUUUCUCCUGGUCGUACAUUCUGGGCUGGAUCGCCAUUGUGCUGACCAUCGCAGCAGGUACUGGUGCUCCUGGAGGGUGGACCGAGGUUCCCCAUCACCUGGCCCUCCGUCUCCCAGAUUCCGAGACUCCGGAAUUUGUCCACCGGCGGGCCCAGCGGGGCGAGCAGCUGAGUCCCCUUCACUGCGCCUUCUCGGCCCAAGUCCAUCGCUGA